UCCUGUUUCUCCGAACGAGCUUCUGUUCCUUUGGGCUUCUCUCCCUCUCUCCUACCUCUGCCAGAGUUUCUAGGGUUUCAAUCUUCCUCUGCUUUAUAAUCGUCUAUCCUUAUUGUUGAGGUUCUUCGGAUUGAUUGUUUUGUUAGAUUUGUCUUUGUUUUGUUUUUUGGAGUUCAUCGCGUUAUCGGAAAAUAAAGCAACUUUAGCUGAUCGUUUUCGUCAAAGUCCGACCUUGGAUCCCCUUGCUCGCCGCUUUCGAGGUGACUUCUUCUGUGUUAUAUCUGUCGGCUUCCUUUCGACCUCGACUUGAAGUCUGCUCGUCCUCUGUAUUCUCCAUUGAAUUUUCGGAGGCUUUUUUUUGCUUUCGUUACCAUUUUCUUUCACAGAGUUGCUUUCAGUGGAUGAAAUGAUUUGCCUUCCGCUUUAAAAGUUUCAAACGGUUGCAAAAUUCUGUAAAAAAAUUCCAUUUGUGUUACUUUUGUGAUUCCUAUCUGGUUGCUCUAGGUCAGGGAACAUGGGUGAUUCCUGUUGCUGAGUGAGAGAGAGUUGUGUUAGCGCUGUUUCGGGAGGUGCUCUUGGUUUCUGCAGAGAUGGAAGGUGUGGAAGAGGCUAAUAGUGCAGCUGUGGAGAGCUGCCACGGAGUGCUGAGCCUUCUAUCUGAGACCAAAGACCAAACCCUAGCUUACGAACAUGUAGCGACAGAGACAGGAAAGGCAAUUUCAAGGUUUGACAAGGUCGUUUCUAUGCUUGGUAAUGGCAUGGGUCAUGCAAGAUUUAGGAGGCCGAAGAACACCCAAUACCACCAUUUCAAUCGCAGUAUCUUCUUAGAUAGUUUAGUGGUAAGCAGAGCUGACCAUUCUCCGUCUUUGCUCCAACUCCUGCCAACAACUCCACUGCUAGAAAAACCAGUCAGUGAGAUGAAGGUUUCAAAUUCCAAGAUGCCUCUUCGAGUCCCAUCCAGCUUGAUGCUGGAGAACCCAAUAGUGACAAAGGGCAGCAGGAGCGAUCUUCAAGCUGCCUUCCACAGUCCCACUCCCUCCCACUUUCAUUUCCUUCAACAGCAGCACAACCACCAGAUGCUUCAGCUUCAGCAACAGCUGAAGUUCCACAAUGGAACGUAUGGGAGGAGCACCAACAGUGGGCUCAACCUCAUGUUUGACAACUCGAGUUGCACGGGGACUGCGUCAUCUUCUAGGUCCUUCUUGUCGUCCCUGAGCAUCGAUGGAAGUAUGGGGAGCAUGGAUGGGAGGGCCUUUGACCUAGUUAGUAGACAACAAUUGUCCAGUCCCGUGAACUGGCACCUUCAGGAGAGGAAGUGCUCCAAAGGAGGGAAUGAUGGAAAUGGCAAAUGCAUGAAAACAGGCAGGUGCCACUGCUCAAAGAAGAGGAAGUUGAAAGUGAAGAGGACCAUUAAGGUUCCUGCUAUAAGUAACAAACUUGCUGAUAUCCCUGCUGAUGAUUACUCUUGGAGGAAGUAUGGUCAAAAGCCAAUUAAGGGCUCUCCUCAUCCUAGAGGAUACUACAAAUGUAGCAGCAUGAGGGGCUGCCCUGCAAGGAAGCAUGUUGAGCGAUGUGUUGAAGAUCCAUCCAUGUUGAUUGUGACCUAUGAAGGAGAGCACAACCAUGGGAAGCUUCCAACGCAGUCCACAGGCACAUAGAGCUCGUCGAAGAGUCCCUUACAUCCUGGAAGUAUUCUACGCCUUCAAGAGAACAGCUCAUAGUACAGUCGUCGUCUUCUCGGUUAAGUUUCGGGUCAAAAGGAACCUAAAUUCUUGUCAACUAAAUUGGAGGAACUGGUGUUAACAUGUUAUAGUUUAUGCUCUAACCUCUGUAGAAGGGCUUUGUGCUUGCCUACAGUGUAACGCCCUGCCUAGGCUAUAGAGAACAUAUGAAGGUUUUUGUGUUUGAUGUUGAUGAAUUUAUUGGUCUUGGGGUUUGUUGAUACUUCACUCAACUCAUUCUUGUUUUUUCUGA